AUGAGCACCACGACCACCAACACGACCGCGAUCGACGACGACACCGCGACGGGCAGCGACGACGAGACAAAAACAAUCAUUCGAGCGAUGUUUGGCGUCGCGGCUGCGUUAACUUUAAUCACGGGUUUGUUUUUCGCGCACGUGUGGAUUUAUCGCGUGAGACGAUUGCGAGAGAACGAGGAGGAGAACGGAGCGAACGCCUCUUCUAGGAACGGAAGAGUGCGUUCGAGAUGGUUGGGUUUAACCGGCGGGUUUGUUUCGGACGUGUGGACGUACGUGCAGAAAGUGCGACUGGCGAAUACGUUGCACACGAGAUUUCGAGACGGGACGGAGGCGGAUUUGAGCCAGGAAGCGGGGAAAAGCGAGACGUGCGCUAUUUGUCUCGGGAAGAUGGUCGCGUCGCCGGCGACUAUUGACGCGUUGAAGCCGCGAGUUUUGUUGUGUGGACACGUGUAUCACAGGCACUGUCUGCGAAGUUGGUUGGAUAAAGAGAGUUUUACCUGUCCGGUGUGCCGCGCGAGCGUAUGGACGGGAAAGAACCAAAAAGUAGAAGUAGAAAUGAAUAAUAGUAACGCUACCGCGACAAGCUCUUCGGCGACCGCGAACGGAGAAGGAAACGUCGAGAAUGGAAAUACUACGGGCGAUGCUGCUGCUGCUGAGAACAACACCAAUAACAGCAGCAGCACGAGUGACCAGACGACGAGUGGCCAGACUACGACGACUAAUAGGAACAAUACAAUGGUGUCGUCCAGGUAUUACGGAGACAUCGCCGCGAGUAUUUUACGCCGAUGA